AGGAUGGUCAUCAUCGAUGAGUACAGAAUUAACUAGUCCAUUUCCCGACAUAAUUACACUACUGAUUGUACUAGUAGUACUUGCAAGUAGCUUAAGGUCGUCCUUCAAGCUGGCGGCUGCCUGGUGUUGUAUCGCCGCUGUCUUCCCUUUUUAUAUAGCAGCACCAACGUGUCCUGUCCUCCAGCAAAAGCCGCAGCUGCUGCUCAAAGCUCCACACAUCACAAAGCAGAAGGCAGAAAGCAGAGAGCAGCACAAGAAGCAGAGAGACAGAGAGUGAAGCAGAGGAUGGGUGAGCAGGGGGCAGCAGCAGCUCCGUUGCUGGAUGGGAGGAGCAGCAAUGGCGGCAGCGGCAAAGAAGAGGAGGAGCAGCUGAUAGAGGGAAGGAGGGGGUGGGGAGAGUACGAGAAGGAGGAGGCAUGGGGGCAGGUGUCGUUCGCGGCGCCGAUGGUGGCGACGAGCAUGGCCUUCUAUGCCAUCCCGCUCGUCUCCGUCAUGUACGCCGGCCGCAUCGGCGACGUCGAGCUCGCCGGCGCCACCCUCGGCAACUCCUGGGGCACCGUCACCGGCAUCGCCCUCAUGACCGGAUUAAGUGGGGCUCUGGAGACGCUCUGCGGCCAAGGCUAUGGCGCAAAGGUGUACCACAUGCUGGGUGUGUACCUCCAGGCCUCCAUCAUCACUUCAGCCCUCUUCUCGGUCCUCGUCUCAAUCCUGUGGCUCUACACUGAGCCACUUCUCAUCUUCCUGCACCAAGACCCCGAGGUCUCGAGAAUGGCGGCGGUGUUCCUGAGGUACACGAUCCCGGCGCAGUUCGCCUACGGCUUCAUCCAGUGCACCCUCAGGUUCCUCCAGACGCAGUCUGUGGUGAUGCCACUGGUGGCCUUCUCGCUCCUGCCGCUGGUUUUCCAUGUCGGUAUCACCCAUGCCUCGGUGCACUACCUGGGGCUCGGCUUUGCAGGUCCUGCCAUGUCAACUUCCAUAUCGUUGUGGCUGUCUUUUAUCAUGCUUGCGACCUAUGUGAUGUUGUCGGAGAGAUUCAAGCACACCUGGGGGGGAUUCUCAACAGAGGCGUUUCAGCACGUCCUGCCCGGCCUCAAGUUGGCUGUUCCUUCUGCAGUGAUGGUGUGCUUUGAGUACUGGGCGUUUGAGGUUUUGGUGUUACUUGCUGGGCUGAUGCCAGAUUCUCAGAUGAGCACUUCUAUCAUUGCAAUGUGCGUAAACACUGAAGCGAUAUCAUACAUGGUCACCUACGGGUUUGCUGCUGCCAUUAGCACAAGAGUGUCGAAUGAGCUGGGAGCCGGUAACAUUGACAAGGCGAAGAAGGCGCUCAAGGUGACGCUCGCACUCUCCCUACUCCUGGGGGUGACAUUUCUUCUGCUCCUAGGUCUCGGCCAUAAUAUGUGGGCAGGGCUGUUCAGCCACAGCGACACGGUGAUAAGUGCAUUCGCGUCAAUGACUCCAUUCCUCAUUGGAUCAGUGGUGCUGGACUCUACACAGGGAGUCUUGUCAGGGGUUUCAAGAGGCUGUGGCUGGCAGCACCUGGUAGCAUGGACCAACUUGGUGGCCUUCUACAUAAUAGGCUUGCCACUAUCUCUCCUCCUUGGAUUCAAGCUUGGUUUUCAUACCAAGGGACUGUGGAUGGGUCAGAUAUGCGGUCUCCUUUGCCAGAACGCCGUUCUCCUGUUCAUCACGCUCCGAACCAAGUGGGAAAGAUUGGAACUGGCUACGAGCAGCAAAGAAGGCAACUUUGUCUGCUGAGAAUUCAGAAAGCUUGUUAGUUUUGUAUCAUGGAACUAGACUGUUGACUUGAACAUGGAGCUACAAUUUUGAGAGAUAAAGGAAUGUAACUAUAGAUACCAGUAUGUAGCAACAUACCCUGAGCAUUGCUUGGGUGUAGCUAGCAACUAGGAACAGCCGGAUAAAAUGAAAAUUCUGAAAACAAACAUA